ACCACUGCUGCCACUCUCGCGACCUCAGUACCUGGCAUCGCGGCCGUGGCAUUGUUCUCGCGGGGGACCCUGAGGGACGGAACCACAGAGGAGCCAUUCUCAGGGCGCUUCCUCGGCAGCCGCCAGCGAAAUCCACUGAGCAGACCCUACUCGGCGGGUACACUGCGCAGCUGGAGCACUUCCACUAAACAAACUCAGAGUGAGCAGUGAGCAGCAAGGACACUCAUCGCUUCGAGGCCGCUGCAGCUGCGCGCGGUCCCCAUGGAGCUGCGGCAGUGGAUCCGCGGCGUGCUCGACGGCGCCAAGGACGGCCGCGCGGCCUGGGACGCCGUGUGGGCGGCCGUGCUGGACGGCGUGCUGCGCAGGCGCGAGCUGCCCGACGCCACGGCGUUCGACAUCGAGCGCGAACUGCACACCUUCCUCAAGGACAGCAACACCGUAGAGGAGGGCCAGCAGGAGGCAGCCGGUGAGGCGUGGUGUACGAACCGCGGCGGGCCGGCGGAGGCGUGGAGCGAGCUGUGGGCGCGCCUGGCGGCGCGGGACGGAACCUCGGAGUGGCUGCACCUGUCCAGCCGCGGCUGCGGCCGGCACGCCGAGCUGCAGCUCGUGGACGCCGUCAACGCGAGGCCGCAGCUCAGGAGCGUGACGGUGCUGGCGAACGUGUCGCCGUGCAGCGAGUGCGCGGCCGCGCUGCGGCAGCUGUGCGGCCGGGUGCGGCUGUCGCUGCGCUUCGCGGCGGUGUUCGCCCACCACGGCGACAACCACCGCGCCGGCCUGCAGCAGCUGGCGGCCGCCGGCGCAGAGCUCGCCGUCUUCGGGCCCCGCGACUGGGCGCUCGUCGUCCACCGCCAGGUAGCGGACAGAAGGCACCCUGAAGAUGAACUUGCGAAGGAGGUGCGAGCAGAAGACGCCGCCUCUCGGAAGCGUGCUGCCUCUGAAGACGUCCAGAGCCAAGAGCAGGCGGCGGCUCCCAGCGCGAAGAGGGCGCGCGUCUGAACACGCGGCCCGCCGGCCCUGCACUGCUGCUCCAUCCAGAUGCUCUGCUGCGCGGGCCAACACCUGCUGUUCACACCAUGGCUUCGUAGCCAUCUUUUUAAUUAGAUAUCGGGUUGAUUGUUUGUUGACAAAGAAGUGUGGCAGAGAACUGUUGCAGUGUUAAGUCUGUGAGGCUAAAAUUACUUUAUCAGAAAAUUUUCUCAGUAUAUUGUAUCCUCUGUUAAGGAACAGAGGUUCAUACAUUUCGACUUGCAUCCCGUACCCAUGAUAUUAUUAACCAACAAUAAACGCUAAUUUAAACGUU